CAAUCACUUUGUUGAUCUGAGAACUUGCUAAAUGAAAAUAUUGGUAUAAAUAUUUGCGAAAAAUGUACACAGAAGUCGACGUAUUUGUCAGUAAUUUUACUCUUAUCGAUCCUGAAAUAUAUCAAUUAUGGAUUGAGGGUUGUUCAUCUAGUGAAGCAGUGUCAACACUACAUAAGCGGUCAGCUGAGAAACAAACAGGAGCUACAGUGGAACUUAUAGCCAGUGAUGUUUUAGAUCACUACAGGACUUUUGCCUUACUUGAACGGCUGCUGACAGUCCCAUCAAAACUGUCAGAGCAGAUGAUCUUCCAGAUUGAUGAGCCCACUAAGCAGAUGCUAAUAGAGAAAUACUAUGACUUGGAUGAUGCAGUUAUCAGAGAACUUCUUGGUAGAAAAUUAUCAUCAAGACAUAGAAAGGACUUAGAUGAGGUAGCGGAGAGAUCAGGCGCACCGUUACGUUGCUGUCGACGACAGUUCGACAAUGUUCGACGCGUCUUCAAAACAGUUGAAGAGAUGCCCGGCAACGUAGUAGCGAAUAUACGAAACACCUUUCUCAUAUCGGAACCUUUAGCCAGGAAAUAUGGUGCGGUAGUGUUCAUAGCAUGCAUGCGCUUCGAGACUGGCAAGCGCAAGCUGCAGUACCUCACAUUUAACGACUUCUUCCACUGCGCUCAGGCUAUAAUGGGCAGCUGGACGUACAGCUGCACAGGCCCAGAAUACUACGACACGGAGAUGGACCGCGAGUUUCUGCUGGAGCUGCGCGAGCUGCGGCUGCUGCUGGACAAGGAGAAGGAGCACAAGCAUCUCGUCUGUAUGCGUCUCAGACCAAAGCUACUGGAUAAGUCGUACCAGGAACUGGAACUGAACUUUAGACUGUACACACGAGCUCUGGUGGGCUUGGCGUGUAACUUACACCGCGGCCGUGAACUUCGCUCUCUGUUUAUUGACCUCCUAGAGCGAUGCAUUGAGCCAUUGCGGCUGGGCUGUUGGCCUAAGACGGAUCUCGCGCAGUUCCUGUGCGCUUACGAGCAGUGUGCGUUACAGAUGGAUGUUCUAAGGGAGGCAGAUUUAAAGAGUGUAUGGGAGAGAUACAUGCGAGUGGUGAGUCAGUGUUUACUCACAAUGUACCAUAUCUAAGUUAAUUUGAAGAAACAUGUAUUAAACAAGUUGUUGACUCUUUUUGUCCAAAGAGAAUGUGAGAGAGAUGUCAAUAUGUUUUUACGCAAGUGUUUCGAUAGUGGAAACCCACAGAUACACUAAACUAGAAUCUUCAUAUUGAAGUUUUUUUUAGAGUAGAUUUUGAUAACUAGAAGUCUCUAAGAAUUUUUUUUGUGUGGUUUGCAAAAAAAAAAGUGUGUUAUCUUUAACUGUGGGUAUACAUACAUCUCUCGUCUCGCCUUGUGUCAUACAAGUGUCACUGCAGUCAGAAACCCACAGUAAAGAUAAGUGUUGUACCUAUAUACAGACAUACCUGGAUAAGCGAGGGUCCAAGGAAUUUUUUUCUCGCUUAUAAAGGUUUCUCUCUAACCCGAGUUUCUCGCCUAUAGAGAUAAAACGGUCAUUGUCACUUAUACAGCUUUAACAAAUAAUACAGAAAAUAUGAAGACAGAAACAAUCUAUGUAGUAGUAUUAUUUAUUUUAGAAUGAUGAUAAUUCAAA